AUGGCUACCAUUGUCCUCGGCGCCCAGUGGGGCGAUGAAGGCAAGGGAAAACUUGUGGAUAUUCUCUGUCCAACGGUUAAACUCUGCGCCAGAGCCCAAGGUGGAAACAACGCAGGGCAUACCAUCGUCGCGAACGGCGUCACAUAUGAUUUCCACCUUCUGCCAUCCGGAUUGAUCAACCCCGAGUGUACAAACCUGAUCGGCUCUGGUGUUGUUGUCCACGUUCCGUCUUUCUUCAAGGAGUUGAAGGAUUUGGAGGCCAAAGGACUGCAAAAUGCGAAAGAUAGAAUCUUCCUCAGCGAUAGAGCCCAAGUUGUGUUCGAUUUGCACCAAUUGGUUGAUGGCUUAGAGGAGGUUGAGUUGGGCGGGAAGAGCAUUGGAACGACAAGGAAGGGUAUUGGACCAUCUUACUCAACGAAAGCUACUCGAAGCGGAGUUCGCAUUGCAGAGAUCUUCAACGAGGUCACUUUCGAGGAGAAGCUGCGAGAAUUGGCCCGUGGAUUCAAGAAGCGGUACGGGGAUCUGCUACAGUACGAUGUCGAGGAAGAGAUUUCAAGAUUCAAGGAAUACCGCAGAGAUCUUGCCCCUUUUGUCGUCGAUGCUAUUCCACUUAUCCAAUCCGCCCAGCAAGCCUCGUUGCCCAUUCUUAUUGAAGGGGCCAAUGCCCUUAUGCUCGAUCUUGACUACGGCACCUAUCCCUACGUAACAUCUUCAAACACAGGCUUAGGAGGAAUCUUCACUGGGCUGGCAAUAAACCCAGCGAAAAUCUCCAGUAUCAUCGGGGUCGUGAAAGCGUAUACCACCCGCGUAGGCGGUGGCCCGUUCCCCACCGAGGACCUUGGAGAAGACGGCACGAAACUCCAAGAGAUCGGCCGCGAAUUCGGCGUGACGACAGGACGAAAACGACGCUGUGGAUAUCUCGACCUAGUAGUCGUGAAAUAUAGCGCUGCCAUAAACCACUACACAUCUCUCAACGUCACCAAGCUAGAUGUCUUAGAUACAUUCCCAACGCUCAAAGUAGCAACAGCAUACAUCCACCCCGACACAGGCGAGAAACUGGAAUCCUUCCCCGCGGAUUUGGAGCUUCUAAGUCGGAUUAAGGUUGAGUAUAAGGAAUUGAAGGGUUGGGAAAAGAGCACAACCGGAGCGGCGACAUUUUGGGAUUUGCCGAAGGAGGCAAGGGAAUAUGUGGACUUCAUUGAGAACUUCGUUGGGAUUAAGGUCCAGUAUAUUGGAACUGGACCAGGGAGAGAAAGCAUGAUCAAGAGAUUUGAUUGA